AGAUAGAUUAGUGUUAUACCCGUGUUUAAAAAAAUAGAACCGUUACGACUUACGACUUGAUCCCCACAGCCAACGGCUAGUUUUUUUGAGAGCAUCCCCUUACAGCUCGCUAUCUCUUCUCCUUCUCUCUCUUCCCUGAUCAGACGUCGACGCAUUUCAAGGGGUUGGGAUAUCUGCCACCUGAAUCUAAAUCAAUUCAGGGAUUUGGCUUUCCGAUCCGUUCAUUCAUUUAAUCAUAGUAUAUACACUAGUGUUCUUUUGGUGGGAUUCACCAAAUUGACAGAUCAAGAUCGAUCAAUUUGCCUCGGCGAAUAUGAACGAAUUGGUUGCAGACAAUCCCACCACGACGAUGGCAGUUUCUCCUCCUCCUCCCCCUCCUCCUCCGCCACCAUCUCUUAGGCGGCCGAGGGUGAGGGAGGUGAGCUCUAGGUUCAUGUCUCCUCUCAUUUCGUCGCCACUUGGUAAGCAGCAACGCUCAACCUCCGUGCAUAGGCAGCGGCACAUGGAGCCGUUGUGCUCUUCCGAUGAGAACAGGCCCACCGAGUCCAUUCAGAUUCAAAGCCUGGAAACUUCACCCACUUUGGGAUCUCGUCGUAAAGCAGCUCUGACCUCUACUACUAGUCAAAGAAAACAGCGUGCUGUAGCCAAGCUUUUCAAAGAAAACGCAGGAAAAAUUGUCCCCAACGCUUUUACCACACCCUCCAGGCCUGACACUCCUACAUUGGAUAGGGAUAGGAUGAUUUUGUCGAGAUUCAGACGGUCUACCAACAUGAACAUCAGUGCCACAGCUGCGGCCAAGCUGUUGCAAUCAAGCGGCAUGUCGGCUCAACCUUCUGUUCCCGUAGAUCCUUCUUCGAUGUCUGCCGAUGACAAUAAUCAGAAUCCACUUCUAAACUGCACGGCAACGGCACGGUCUCUUCCUGAUUUCCGCUGUUCCAUGCCUGAGGCAGAAAUGUUGCCAACGGUUUCCACUAGAUUGCUGGCUGAGAAAAGUUGCACUAGGGGCAAUACGACUGGCGGCGGCAGUGAUUCUUUGAAAUUGUCUGCUUCCCCCUGCUCCCGUUCUCUGAAUUUGCCAUUAUCAGUUUGUGAAAAACAAGCCUUUGGUCUCCCCAAGCCACACACAAACUCUGUGAAGAUGGGGGGCUUCUCUCUGCCUCCAGUCCCGCCUUGCACCAAGGUGGGGACAGAUAAUAGGAAGGGAAAGAAAGUUUCCUCCCAUCAGGAAGAUGUACAUACACUCAGAUUGCUUCACAACCGUUAUCUGCAGUGGAGAUAUGCCAAUGCAAAAGCAGAGGUCUCCAUCCGAGCUCAGCAAAGAGAAAGCGAGAGAACCCUUCAUUCCCUUGGGGUCAAGAUAUCAGAGUUCUAUGAUUCUGUGAAGAGAAAACACUUAGAACUUGGGCUUUUGCAAAGAACAAAGACUUUAUCAACAAUCCUUGAAGCUCAAAUUCCAUAUUUGGCGGAGUGGUCUGCUCUCGAAGAGGAUUAUUCAAUCUAUUUAUCAGAAGCAAUUCAAGCUUUGUUGAACUCCUCACUUCAACUUCCCAUUUCGAAUGUUAGGGCUGAUAUAGGAGAGGUAGGGGAGGCAUUGAACUCAGGGAUGAAGGUGAUUGAAAUUAUAGUUUUUCAUCUUCAAAGCUUCAUGCCAAAGGCGGAAGAAGCAGACAAUUUGAUUUCAGAAGUAGCCAGAGUAAGUGGGGGAGAAAAAGCUCUUAUUGAAGAAUGUGGCGAUCUGUUGUCGAAGACAUGUACAUCGCAGGUGGAAGAGUUCAGUUUAAGGAGCCAGCUAGUACAAUUGCAUCGUUUCUGUCAUCUCUCCAAGAAUUGAGUAAUUCUUCAUGACUGCAUUUUGUACGUGCUAACUACAUGAAUCAAAGGUUCACCACCCUAUGAGCUGUUGGCGUUUGUGCAGCUGUUUUUUCCUUUUUUCUUGUUAUUGGAGAGAGACCCGGGGGUUGGGGAUCUGUCUUCGUCUAUACACUACGGCAGGGAGUUCAUCACCUUGACCUGCAAUUCUUUUGAGCUUUUAUAACUUUUGUAAAACCUGAAAGUUAUAACUUCUGUUUCUACAUCACAAUUCUUUGAUGAGCCUGCAUGAGCUCUUUGAUUUUCUUGGUCGAAAAAGAACAACAAAGUCAGAA